AUGUUACGUUGUGCAAUAUCUGCUCUUCGAACAGCACCUCUUCGAACUGCGCCCCUGCGUGUACCUUAUCAAAAUGCAAGCAAAAUUAUUUAUCACGACGUAAAGAACUUUACAUCCCUAAGUGCUAGAAACAAUGCACCUCCUGUUGUUCCACUUUUAAAAGAAAGCCUUGUAAAUAACAAACAUAUUUUAGAUUUAUCUCAUAAUAUGUGGCCUGUGCAUGUAAGAACGGUAACAAAAUUUAGCCUGAAGAAAGGAAAGAGGAAAACUGUUAAAGCAGCAGUAAAAAGAUUUUUUAGACUUCAUUGGGGUGGAUGGAUACGAACUAAAGUCGGAAGACAUAAGAAGAUGUGGAAAAAGUCUCCACCACAGAGAAGGAGAUUGAGGCAGCAUGUAUUUUGUAAUUCAACACAGAGUACUUUGCUUGACAAAAUGGUUACUAAAUAUUGGAAGAAACCAAAGUAUUAUGUGGAAGAUCCAUAUGCCCCAUACCACACUAGAGAAGAAUUUUAUAUAACAAGGAAGAAACCUAUGCCGAAGACUUAA